UGGAAGAUGUGUGGUGAGCGAGCGACGAGGUGAGCGAAGAGGACGUAUAUAGCAGAGCAAGAAGCGGCCAGUCACACCUUCUUUCCUCAACCAUCACAACCAAUCAACUUCGCUACCAAACUCAGACUAUCACAAUGGCAGACCAACAACCUCAGCAGGGCGGUGCCCCCCAGCAAGACGCUCUCGACAAGGGAGUCGACUCGGUCCUCCAGAAGUCGGGACACGGCCAGUCCGCCUCGACUACCGAGAAGAUCUCCGACGGCAUCCGUUCAGGCUUCAAGAAGCUCACGGGCAAGGACGUCCCCAUCCAGGACAAGCAGUAGGCUAGACCGCGAUGUCGUAGCCCCUGUAGUCUCUUGACAAUGACACCCAUCGCUUUUGCUUGACCCUAUUCACUCAUCCCCCGUCUGCCGCCUUGCACCAUCCCGCCUCGUACCUUGCCGCGCCCACGUAUCGCUCUCCGCUCGACAUCAGCCCCACAAGCCCCCGUCUCCUGGUCGCCCCGAUUCACUCGUGUGGGCAAAGAAGAUACCGACCUAACCCUCACGGCUGCACAUUGCGAUGAUGCUUAGAUUAGCGAUGCGAUGCCCCACACAAUGCUAGAUCGGCUUCCUCUCUCC